CAGAUACAGGCACCACCAGAAUUGUCAAAUGAUGCUGCACAUACAGGACCACCACCGAUGGCUGCCAAUUCCGCACAUAGGAAAUCACCAUUAACACCAGAGCAGGCAGUUAAUUUAUACAUGCACCAACUGACAGCCUUUGAACAAAGUGAAAUUUUUAACUACACUGAAAUAUAUUUUAUUGGUUCCCAUGCAAAAAAACACCAGGGAGUAAUUGGAGGCCGAAAUAAUGGUGGCUAUGAUGAUAUUGAGCAUUUAUACAUUCCAGUGCUCCAUGACCAUAUCGCUUAUAGAUACGAAGUCCAGCAGGUUCUCGGCAGAGGAAGCUUUGGACAAGUCGUGAAGGCAUAUGAUCACAAGCUUCACCAUCAUGUGGCAAUAAAAAUGAUACGAAACCAAAAGCUAUAUCACCAACAAGCGGCACAAGAGAUCCGAAUCCUUCAACAUCUGAGGAAUCAGGAUAAGGAUGACACCAUGAACAUUAUUCAUAUGCUUGAAAACUUUGUAUUCCGCAAUCAUGUCUGUAUUGUGUUUGAGCUUCUCGGCAUGGAUCUCUAUGAAGUAAUAAAGAAGAACAACAACCAGGGUUUGAGCUUGCCAUUAGUAAAAAAAAUUGCACGUUCAAUUUUACAGUGCUUGAAUUCACUGCACAAAAAUAGAAUAAUUCACUGUGACCUUAAACCUGAUAACAUCUUACUGAAGCAACACACUAGCAGUGACGUUAAGGUUAUAGACUUUGGUUCAAGCUGUUACAACUAUCAGGCCCUCUCCACAUACAUCCAGACUCGAUAUUAUCGUGCACCUGAAGUCAUCCUAGGUGGUAACUGUGCAAUGCCCAUAGAUAUGUGGAGCUUGGGUUGCGUCCUUGCAGAAAUAUUGACUGGCUAUCCACUUAUCCUUGGGGCAGAUGAAGGUGACCAACUUGUAUGCAUGAUGGAACUAUUGGGUAUGCCACCAGAAAACCUACUCAAUUCAUCAAAAAGAGCCCGUAAAUUUUUCACCUCUGUAGGACACCCCCGUUAUUGCCUUCGUAGAUGCCUGUCAGACGGUUUAGUGCUACUAAAAGGAAAACACUCUAGAAAGGGAAACUUCCGUGGACCUCCUGGAAGUAGAGAAUUUGUGAGUGCACUCAUGGGCUGUGAGGAUCCCCUGUUCCUAGACUUUUUAAAGCAGUGCUUAGAAUGGGAUCCUGAACUGCGUAUGACACCUAGUCAGGCUCUGCAACAUCCAUGGCUACGGAGAAACAUGACAACUUAAGAUCGAUUUCCAAAUGCUCUCCCACUGCAGCAAAAAGAAAGACCAAUCUCUGACACCAAAACUAAU